GUUGUCACUUCCGUCGGAGCCGCUCUCUGCAUCCGGGUCGGCUGCUGCCGCUGCCGCUGCCGCUGCCGCUGUGGCUGAGGGACUGGGCCCGGGUCUCACCGUCGGAGGGGAGCGGGCUCCGCUCGGCGCCACCUUCUGCGACCUGGCCGUCAGCCCUACGUCGCCGGCCUGGAGGGGCGAAGAAGACGAGGAGGCCAAGGGUUCCUCCGGGAGAGUAAGAGUUGCUGUCAGAGAACAGUCUAUGAAGUGGUCCUUGAAGGACCUUGGCUCACUGGAUUAUCAGGAGCUUGUAGUUGACAUUGAGUCCAGGCUGAGGAUGGAAGGUGUUGAACUUAAGGAAGAAUGGCAAGAUGAAGAUUUUCCAAUACCUUUACCGGAAGAUGAUAGUAUUGAAGCAGAUAUAUUAGCUGUAACUGGACCAGAGAGUCAGCCUGGCUCACUAGAAGUUAAUGGCAAUAAAGUGAGAAAGAAACUAAUGGCUCCUGACGUUAGCCUAACCCUGGAUCCUAGUGAUGGCUCUGUGUUGUCAGAUGAUUUGGAUGAAAGUGGGGAGAUUGACUUAGAUGACUUAGAUACACCAUCGGAGGACAGUAAUGAAUUUGAGUGGGAAGAUGAUCUUCCGAAACCCAAGACUACUGAAGUUAUUAGGAAAGGCUCAAUUACUGAAUAUACAGCAGCAGAGGAAAAAGAAGAUGGACGACGCUGGCGUAUGUUCAGAAUUGGAGAACAGGACCACAGGGUUGAUAUGAAAGCAAUUGAACCCUAUAAAAAAGUUAUCAGCCAUGGAGGAUAUUAUGGGGAUGGAUUAAAUGCCAUUGUUGUGUUUGCUGUCUGUUUUAUGCCUGAAAGUGGUCAACCUAACUAUAGAUACCUGAUGGACAAUCUCUUUAAGUACGUUAUUGGCACUUUGGAGCUGUUAGUAGCAGAAAACUACAUGAUCGUUUAUUUAAAUGGUGCAACAACUCGAAGAAAAAUGCCCAGUCUGGGAUGGCUCAGGAAAUGCUAUCAACAAAUUGAUAGAAGGUUACGGAAAAACCUAAAGUCUCUAAUCAUUGUACAUCCCUCUUGGUUUAUCAGAACACUUCUGGCUGUUACAAGACCAUUUAUUAGCUCAAAAUUCAGCCAAAAAAUUAGAUACGUCUUUAAUUUGGCAGAACUAGCGGAACUUGUCCCCAUGGAAUAUGUUGGAAUACCAGAAUGCAUAAAACAGUAUGAAGAAGAAAAGUUAAAAAAGAAACAGAAAAGAGUUGAUCAAGAGCUUAAUGGAAAACAAGAUGAACCGAAAAGUGAACAUUAUAAACUUGACACAGUAACCCAAGUCCAAUUAUGGCAGAUGCUGGAGGAUUCCCAGGACGAGACUUUCCUCAGCAGCCUCCUGACUUCACUUGGAUCCAGCUGCUGUAGGCAAAUCCUGAAUUAAUGUCAUUAUAGUCAAUAAAGCUAAAACCAUUAUUGCUUGCUCAGAUCUUAGAAAUACUUUGUGUUCAAAAAGCAAACUAACAGUUUAGGCAUUCCUUCUGAAUUUACGAAUAAAAGAUCAUAUUGAAUUUAAUUGUGAUUAGAGUCUAUAUUUGUAGAGUGCUUUAAGUGACCUUUCAUCAGUAAAAGUAGUCUUUCAUCUAUAAAUGUGGGUCUCAGUCAAACCUGGCUGAGCUUUUUAAAUAGGUGGCUUUCCUCCACAUUAAGUACCCAGUUCUUCAGUUUCAACACGUUACUGUUUAUUGACUUUUGCAUUUGCAAGCAUUGUCCCUGCUUAUAGAUACAACUCGUUGCAAAAGUGGUGCAUUUUCCUACAUAUUUUUUUUAAAGUAGAGGUAGCCUAUAUUCUAUCAGAACAUUAAAAUUUAGAGGGAACAGUGAUAACAUUUGGGAUAUAACCAAAGGGAUGUGCUGUGAAUCACUAGAUAUAAAAGCAUACCUGUUCUAACCUAUACCUUGAUGAAAUCUGGUAUAACGACAUGCCCCGUAAUGUUUCAUAGCUAUGAGACUUAAGAUCAUAAGUAGGUCAGAGGAAAAGCAUUUAUUACACUUGUUAUUUGUAAUUACUAGCUAUGUGACAUUUUCCCCAUAUCAUUCAGUUUUAAUUUUACAUUACAGAUUGAGGUGAAAGUACAUAUAAUUGUGUUAUUUUAUCUUUCUGCUGGGAUCAUGGUUCUAACUUGUUUAAUUUGAUGCUUACGCCACUAUUUUUUGUUGUGUUUGGGUUCUGAGUGCCUCUUUUUAGUCAAAAGUUUCUCUUAUAAAGUAAUCUGAUUGUGUUCUGCUUGGUCAUAUUCCUUAUUAGCACCAAGGGAAGACACUAUAUUGAUCCCACAGUUUAAGCUUAAUAGUCUUUAACUGGGGGUGGGGGGAGUAUAAAGAAAUAUGAUUCCAAGUAGGGCCUAGCAGGACCUGGAAAGGAAGAUAACAAAACAAGGAAGUAAGAGAAAGAAAACUAUAAAGGGAUAAUGAGUUAGCUAAGAUUCCACUGAAUGUGUCCUUGUUAAGGGAAGUGCUGUAUACGGCAGCGGCUGGUACCAUUUCUUGUACCAAUCAGGAAAACCUGCAGGCUACAUACAAUAUGUGAAUAAGGAGACUGUGGAGUGAAGGGGGCAAAGGCUGGUAAUACCUACAAUGAAAAUCCAUAUUUUCCUCUGCUUUGCCUCUUCAUACAAAAGCAAGUUUAAACAGGGAGGGUCAGCAAUUACAAUGCUCAGAUUAAAGUGUAGGGUUACGUUACUUUUGACAUUCAUAGCUGGUAAACAUUUAAUGUAUUGUUCCAAAAUGGAUAUCACUCUUUAGUAACUAUACUGAAUACUGAAAUUUGCUGAUGGACAGGUAUAUAUAGGUAGCUAGACUUUCUUCAACUGCAAUUCCAGAAUUUAAAAAGGUAAGGAAUCUGCUUUUAUGAUAGAGUCUUCUUUUAAAUGACUGUGUUACUCUGGCUGUUUUUAUGUCAUUGCUCAGGGAAUUUGAAAGUGUUUGAAUUAAAGGAGAAGGGGCUUUUUAGAUUUCUUCAAUUGAUAGUUAAAAAUUAGCAUUAGGAUAUAUCCAGUUUCCUAAUGAGAUCGGUAAAGUUGUAUAUAAGGUGACAGUAGCUUCAUCCUUUUCCCCAUGUUACAUGUGGAAAAUUGCUAACAUUGCUCCGACAGGAGGAGGAGGAGGUAGACUGAAAAUAGGUAGAUACGGCUACCACAUUCUGUUUUGUUUUCAUGCCUAUUUUUUCUCAUCCUGUAUAGCUAUUUGAGAAGUGGAUCACAAAUGUCAGAAGGGUGGGAUAGCUAGAGGAAUUAAUGUACUUAAAGUUAGACCAACUAUUCUGUUAGAGUUUAUCUUGUAGGAACAGGGAUUGUGUAAUUUGAGUUGCUGGGAGAAAGAGUUAAGGACUUAGACUUGCAUGAGAAGGUCAGCUGGUAAGAGAAGUGGGAGAUUAUCAAUGUUCUAAUAGUGAGGAAGAAUUACCUGGAGAGCCUUUCAUCCCCCUCUUCCUAUCCCAAGAUUCUGAAUGAAUUAGAAUCAUAUCAGUGGUGAGUCCCAGUAAUGUAAUCCUUUAAAAUUCUCAAUGGUAAUUGAAAAUAAUGUGUUGACCAGCAAGGAGUGACUCUAAAAUUUGAACAGAACUGUUACUUUGUUUCAGCUAUAUAUGAUAGAUCUACUUAAUUUCUUAUGUUUUGAGAACUACUUUUAUGAAAAGGUUACAUGAAGCACUUAAUACAACACAUCAAACACCAGAAGAAAAUCAAAGUUUAAUGCUUUCACGUUACUAAAGAAUUAUUAUAAUAUCUGUCUAAUUCUAUUUUAUAAGACAUUCUACAAGAGGUUAAAACAUUGGCAUUUUGAAAUUUUUAUGCGUUUUCACAUUCAGUGUAGCUAAGGAGGAACUUGCAAAAUAAUGUUAAUUAGCUACUCUACUGCACUUUUUGUAUUUGAAUUUUCUGAAGUUAUGCCCCUUAAACAGUUUAUUUACAUGAACUAGCUAGUAAAUAUUUGUGGUGUUCAGGGCACUGACUUGCACAGCCCUUGGGGCACAUGGAACACAAUUCAGAGUUCGUUAGACACUAAUGCACUUUGAUAUAUAUUUCAAAGAUUAAUACAUUUUUCUUACCAUAAAUUCACAUGCUGUCAUUUAGACACAAUUAAUGUACUGUGAUCAUUUUACCACUGUUCAGAUAAUGUUGCAUAGCCUAGCGCUCUCCUUUUACAGUGAGAGAAAUUCAGUUCUGAAGACUGUGUGUGCAAGAUGUUGUUGUGGUCCCUGUAAGAAAUACUAGGGUUGGUCUUGAUUUACUAAGAAGAUGUAAUAUUUUCUUUUUCUCUGACUUGUUAGGAAUACAAUAACUUGUGUCCUGAUUUGUUGCACAUCGUAUUUUUGCAACGUUAAUGAAUUUAAAUAAAUUAAUUGGACAGUUUUGUUUUUGA